AGAGAUUAGUGCAAUCCAGACAAAAACACCAGCCAGAUGAAGAGAUAAAAGGACUAUGUGUGAUGGCUGCAUUUCUACUCAAGAGGAAAAUGGGAGAGGAAUGGAGAAUAUUUAACAAUCUAUGCAUCAUGGAUACUGAGCAACAAAUGGACCCCACCUAUGGGCUCAAGCAGGAUAAGGAAGGUCUUCUGCUGUGCCAGCUUUAAUUAUUUCAGUGGUUAAUUUUAGGGGCAUUUACAGGGUCUCCAACAUGGGCUAUGAUGGGUAAAAGAAAGGCAAACCUUUGGGAAUUCAAAGUGGAGGCUCUUUACCAACCAGAAUAAAAUUUUUUAAACAUGGGAAUUUUUUAGGGACCUACUAGUAUAAGCAGCUGGAAAAAAUAUUUUGGGGAUUUAAAGGUAUUUAAGACAUAGAAUAAUAAUAAAUGAAAUUAGUUAUACUUUGAGAUAGAGUGAAUUUGGCCACCACUAUGGAGAUGUAUCUGGGAGAUAUGGCUGGAUGCUUAGUUUGCAUGUUAUAAAGUGAUAGUAACACAGAGAUCAAGUAAAACAAAAAAUCAAGUUCUGUUUAAAUGGUUUAAAUAUUCAGAUUUGUGUUUGCUUAGCAAUCUGAUCACAUUCAUGAACAUUGACUUAUAUCAGUUAUAAGUGUUUUUAAUCUAAAAUGGCAAUUUUGUUUUUAUAAUGGGUUUAUAUAUCAACAAUUUUCCAAUGAAGAGAAAUAAAUAGGUCUCAGAGGUGAAAGCAUAUUUUAGAGACAUACUCAGAGGAAUAACUUUGUAAUUCUCACUUGAAAAUCAUCCUUUUUUGUUCUUAUUCAUUUACAUGUUUAAUGAAAAUAUAAGCAAAAUAAGCACAUGCUGCAUUUCUAGCACUUAUUAGGUGGUAUUUAUAUAGAGCAUAAACAAGAUAUGGGGCAAAACAGCUUUAGGACCUGUUCCUUCAUUUCCCUACAGGGUAGAUACAGUCCACUCUUUCUUUUACCUUUUGAAUUUUGAGAUUAAAACAAAUAUUACUGUCUAAUUCCACAUGUCUUCCUUCCCCCAUACCUGAAUCAGGAACAAUAUUUCCUACCACUAAUUGUCAUACAAUAUGGUGUUACAUAUUCUAGGGGUAAAUAAGAGUAUAUUUUAUGCUCAAUCUACUGAAAGUAAUUUGACAACACUUAAGCUAGGGCAGGUUUAGUGACUCUGAAGAUGUUAGUUCAAAACAGAACCAAUAUCCAUCCAAAUACUUUCUACCUCCUUGGAAUCCCAGGCCUGGAGGCUGCUCAUGUCUGGAUCUCCAUCCCUUUCUGCCUGGUCUAUCUACUGGCUGUGAUGGGAAAUUGUACUCUUGUAUUAAUUAUCAAGACACAUCCCAGUCUUCAUGAACCCAUGUAUCUCUUCCUCUGCAUGCUUUCUGUGAAUGACCUGAUGCUUUGCACCACUGCCAUUCCCAAAAUCCUCAGCCUCUUCUGGUUCAAUGACAGAGAAAUCAACUUUAAUGCUUGCCUCACCCAAAUAUUUUUCAUUCACUCUCUAUCCACCAUGGAGUCAGGAUUCCUCUUGGCCAUGGCUUUUGACCGAUAUGUGGCUAUCUGCAACCCUUUGAGGCACUCCACCAUCUUAACACAUGGCACAAUCAUGGCUUUGAGUUUAGCCAUUGUCCUACGUGGAAUUAUCCUGCUGACUCCUCAUCCUUUCUUACUGAUGAGACUUUCCUACUGCAAAACCAACAUCAUUGCCCACACCUACUGUGAAUUUAUGGCCCUUAUCAAACUGGCCUGUGCCAAUACCAGGAUCCAUAGAUUCUAUGGCUUAAUUCUUGCCUUUCUUACUGGUGGGAUGGACUUCAUAUUGAUAAUCUGCUCUUAUAUUUUCAUUCUUCAUGCUGUGUUUCAUCUCCCAUCUAAGGAGGCCAGACUCAAGACAUUGAGCACCUGUGGCUCUCAUGUUUGGGUCAUCUUAGUGUUUUAUAUACCUGCCUUUUUCUCCUUUAUCACCCACAGGUUUGGUCAUAAUAUAGCUCCACACAUUCACAUCUUUACAGCCAACAUUUAUCUUCUGAUUCCUCCCAUGAUGAACCCUAUUAUAUAUGGUGUCAAAACCAAAAAUAUCCGGGAGAGUUUUCUUAAAAUCUUCACAAGGACAUAUGCUUGAAUUUGUAAGAUUUUUAAAUUAACCAGCAAUACAGGUGAUACCAUGGAACUAUGGUCUAGUUUAUACUCAAGUAAAUCUAUAUUACCUAAGAAGACAGAAACUUUCCAGGUGAACAUUGGGUCAUAUUUACUCAAAAAGUGUGGUUAAUAUAUGAAAUAAAGUCAUUUUGUGAGACAUGUUUAUCUUCAGUAUAGGAUCAUUUCUUAAUUCAUAUCUCAAGUUCAAGAUAUAUAAGUCACUCAGCAUAUAUAUAUAUAUAUACACACACACACACACACACACACUAAUGACAAGCAUUUGCUCAUUCCAUUAUUUGUUGGCACAGAUACACAUACAUGUUAACAUGAAGUGACUGAUACAUAGGUGUCAAUACAAAUUUAUAUAGAGAGAAUUUUUUUGUGCUUGUAAUAGUUAAUAAUCUAAGAACUCAUAAUAGAAGAAUAGUCAGGGGAAAAGUAUGUCUUCAAAAAUUUUAAAUUUUAUUUUAAGGAAAUUGGGACUAUGGUUGAAGCUUAUCAGAUUCUUUGGUAUUUAAAAAUAUUUUAGUUUAUAAUAAAGUCUUUCAUAUUGGUAACUAAUAUAGAGGUGUUAUAUGUUAGUAUGUGUCACAGCUACAAUUUAGGAGGUGUCUUGCCUCAAUAAUGAUGUAUACUUUAAAAAAAUCUUAGUUUGGAUAAAAUAUAUAAAACAAAAGGAAAUGGAAAGUUUUGGUGGUCAGAUGAAAAUCCACAUAUAACUUUCUCAUCUAACAAAAUAUUCUUCAUCAAAAUAUUCUUCAUCAAAGUCACUUUUGAAGAACAACUAGGGUUAAUUUUAGAAGAAAUGCAGCAUCUAUUAUUUCUCCACUUUUAUUAAGAAGUAAUUAAUGUAUAUCAC